AUGAUUGAUAAGAUACAUAUCAAAAGGUCAAAACAAAAGGUAUUCUUAUAUACUGGUUUGGUAUUAUGGUUAAUUGGAAUCAAUCUAUAUUUAUUCAAAACUUACAAUACUUCAAAUACAAAAUCAUCAUUAACCAAUUCCAUAAUAAAUACAUCAAUAUAUGACCAAUCCAAAAUAGAUAAUCAAAAAGAAGAAGAAGAGAAAUUGAAAGAAGAAAAUAAUAAUAAGAAUAAUUAUAAAGACGAUAUAACUAUUAAGAUCUUGCAAACUCAGUUACAACAAAAACCAGAUAGACGAAAUCUUGAUUUCCAUGCUUCAAUAUAUGAUCAAAUUUUUAAAAAUCAUGAAGUAGAUUCCAUAUAUUUAAAUUUGGAUUUUAAAGAUCGUUGUGAUUUAUUUUUCAAAAAUUUAUUCAUUAAUAAUCAUAAUUGGAUAUUUAAUCCUAAUGACAAAUAUCCAUUGGAGAAUAAAAAUGAAUUUAAAUUUAAUGAUUAUAAAAGAGUACAUUUUGAUGAAUUUAAAAAUGAAUUUAGUGAAAAAUUCAAAAAGAAUAAGGAUGAAGUUGAUGAAUCAAUACCAGAGUUUAAACAAUUCAUACAGGAGAAGUAUCAACAAUUUUGGGAUAGAACCAUGCAUACAGAACAGAAAAUAAUAAAUGAAAUUUCAGCAUUGAGGAUAUUUAAUAAAUGCUAUAUUACGAAUGAUAAUAAAACACAAACAAAUCAAAUGAAUUCAUUUACUACUGGUCAAUCUAUAAUAGUUGAUAAUUUAAGAAAACAUUCAAAUAAAGAUAAAUCAAAAUUCAUAACUACAAAACAAGAAAAUUUAAUAAAUUUCGAUUCAAUAGAUUCUCAUGCUUUUGAACAUAGAUUAUAUCCAUGGUUAUCUAAUGAAAAUCCAAUAUUUGAACAUUUCACCGGACAUAGAAGUUAUGUACCUCCAAAAAUUAGACAAGAUUAUAAACGACCAACAAUAAAAUCUCCAUACUUUCUCAAAAAUUAUAAAAAUCAAUGUAACGGGAGAGGUAUAGUUUUAUCAAUUGGUGAUGCUCAUGUUGAAGAUACAGUAAGAUUAAUUCAUUUAUUAAGAGGAUUAAAUAAUCAAUUACCUAUCCAAAUUGUGUAUUAUGAUAAUUUAUCAACUCAAACUAAAAAGAAAAUAGUUACAGCUGCACAAGAACCUAUAUUAGCAUUACCUAAAUCGUUUGAAGCUGUUUAUCAUCAUUUUCCAAAUGAUUAUAUAGCCAAUGGCUUACCAAAGCAAGAAAUAUGGUUUGUUAAUACGUAUAAUGUCAUUCAUAAUGAUUUUAAAGAAAAAUUCAGAGGUUAUGCUAAUAAAUUUUUGGCUACUUUAUUCAAUUCAUUUGAAGAAUUCAUGUUAAUUGAUGCUGAUACAGUAAUGAUGCAAAAUCCAGAAUAUUUUUUCAAUUUAAAAGGUUAUAAACAAACAGGUACAUUUUUCUACAAAGAUCGUACCACAUUUGAAACUAGACCAAUGUCAGACACCAUAUUUUUCAAGAAAUUAGGACCAUCUAUUCUUGAUUCCACAAUGUUUAAUAUUCCAAUCAUGACUGAAAAGACAUAUAAGAAUGAUUUUUUUAAAGGUCUUUUCCAUUAUCAAGAAUCUGGUUUAGUGAUGUUAAACAGAAACAUUCAUUACAAUUCAAUUCUCAUGAUGCUUCAAUUAAAUUUUUAUGAACCUGUUAAUUCUAGAAUUCAUGGAGAUAAAGAAAUUUUUUGGCUUGCGUUAACAAUAAAUGGAUUUGAAGAUUUUGCAAUAAAUUCAAAUUAUGCAGCUGCAAUUGGUGAAAUUACUCCUCCUUUAGAUAGAGCAAAAUCAGAUGGUAAACCACAUGAAAGUAUUGAAUUAUGUUCACCGCACCCUGGUCAUAUCUCAGAUGAAGAUAAUGCGUUGGUUUGGAUAAAUUCUGGAUUUUAUUUCUGUGGUCAAUCUAAAAAAGUUGAUUUUCAAAAAGAAUCAGAACAUAAAUCAAGAUUAAAAUUUUUGAAAACAAAAGAAGAUUUUAAAGCAUUUUAUUACUCACCUUUAAUUAUUAAAUCGGCAAUUAUACCACCAUUAGAUUUAAACGUUUGGGCAACUAAUAAAGAUGAUGAACCAAGUAGAGGUUGGUUUAUGGAUCAAAGAUAUUGUUCUGGAUAUAUGUGGUGUGCUUAUUCUAGUAUUGGUGGUCAAACCGAUAAGGGUGGUAAUAACAAACGAAUUGGUAGAUUAUUUGACUUCUCAGAAGCUGAACAAAAUUUGUUCAAAUAUUAUGGGGAUAUAUGGGUUAAUAAUGAGUAG